AAAUAAAUAAAAUUCACAACUAAAUUAAGAGUAAACAUAAAUCAGUGGAAUUGACGACAAUAAUUUAUAUAGAAAAUAACAACAACAUUUUUUGUUUUUACUAAUUAAAAAUUCGAAUGCAAUUGUUAGCUAUUAGGAGAGGAGCGCCAACAAUAAUAACAGCAAUAACUUCAACAGUUAAAAGUAAAGCACGUUCAAAAAAAAAAUAUAAUCUUUGCUAGAGUUUAACACGAACAUGCCUGAAAUGAGUGUCUCUCCGCCGAUACAUAUAAUUGUAUACGUGUGCACGUUUACGUAUAUGCAUGUGUAUUGAUGUUGAACGAUGCAUUACUUAUGUUAGUAAGUACUUUGUAUACUUGUUUGACUGUGUAUGUUUGUAUUUCUGUUGAAGACAAACAAGUGAAAACGUUAUAAAACAAGCCAAACAACCGGAAACGGAAAGAAAAUUGCAAAAGAAAGAAGUUGUCGUAAGCAGACAGUUGUUGUUCCUGGCACUGCGUAUGUAUACAUGCGUGUCUAUCAUGCACAGCUUUUAUUAUUUUGUGCCUGUGCACAGCUUUGGCUGCACGUUGUUAAUGGUGCAUCGAUAAUUUGUUGUGUAACUAAGUAUCCCGACUGCGUACUUCAUUUUACUUUAUUUAUUUUUUUGUGUUUUAGUGAAAGAAAAAGUUUCUUAAAAAAAAUUAUAUAUACAUAAAUAAAUAAAUAAAAAAUAAAACAGUCAGUCUUCCACCCGUUAACAGAGUUUCAGACGUGCUUCUUGCCUCUACGUUUUCAUGUAUGUUUGUGUACAACUUCAAUAACAACAACAACAGCAACUAUUGUAAAUAUAUGAUGUGAGUGAAGGAAUUGUAAAUAGCAACAAAACUAACUAACUUACGACCAACAGUGAUAACAGCAACAAUAAUAAUAACCAACAACUACAACCAACACAGUUUAAAAGCAACUGUUACAUUCACAUCUUGUUAGAAGGCAUUGGACUUAUUUCGCGUGUAAUUAAAAGAAUAUCUAUCAACAACACGUUCGUUGCUUUUUUGUUUCAUUUUCAACGUUGCCUCUGUGCCUCUGUAGCACAAAUUUAAUGUUAAGCUUUUGCAUAUGGAAGGUGUUACGGCAAAUGCAACAUUAACCACACCAUCAGCACUACCGGAGACCAUAAUAUUUACGGUAUUCACAUUUAUUUCAAUGUUGUGAAUGCGAUUGCUCGUUAUAUAGCAGCUACUGUUUGCCAACUAAAACGACUGCCGGCAAUCGUUUACCAUCAGUCGAAUUGCGAUAACGUUGCUGAUGUAGUUGCUGCCGCUUCCUCCUACACUGGCUUAUACCACAUACAGCGUAUUCUACUACCUAAUUUAACACCACGCUCUGUUGACUUGGUUGCUAGUGACAGUGCAACAGCGAUGGGGCAAAUGAAUUGCUACAAAUGCAUGUUGCUCAGCAUGAUGAUUACGCUUUUGGCCCUUUUCAACGGUUUUAGCCAGUUUUUGGUGUUUGCUCAAGGUCACAGUCAACCUGACGAGCCAGAGCCAGAGUUUCUUUCACAAUUAUCAAAUAUGACGGUAGCUCAGGGUCGCGACGUAUCUUUUACAUGCGUGGUCAAUAAUUUGGGGCAAUACAGGGUUGCCUGGAUUAAAUCAGACUCCAAAGCAAUAUUAGGUAUUCACACUCAUAUGGUGUCCUUAAACCCCAGAUUAUCAGUGACACACAAUGGCCACAACACCUGGAAACUACACAUAUCACAUGUACAUCUAAACGAUUCAGGCAGCUAUAUGUGCCAAGUGAACACCGAUCCCAUGAAAAGUCAGUCUGGCUAUCUCGACGUUGUUGUACCGCCUGAUAUAUUAAAUCAUCCUGAUCAGAAUCUUGAAGAAAAUGUUACCAACGAAGGAGGAAUCAUAACUCUUAUAUGCAGCGCUACUGGUGUACCAAAACCUACAGUGCAGUGGCGUCGUGAAAACUUAAAGGAUAUCGUACUGCGCAUAGAAUCAAGAGAGAGGCAAGUGGUAAAGACGGUUGAAGGCGAAAAACUGGUGCUGGGUAAUGUUCAUCGUACGGACAUGGGUGGCUAUUUGUGUAUUGCAUCGAACGGCAUACCACCGUCAGUAAGCAAACGUUUCGAUGUGCAUGUAAACUUUCCGCCAUCCAUCAAAGCCGUAAAUCAGUUGGUGGCAGCCCCAGUCGAGCGAGAGGUAACGUUAGAAUGCAUUGUGGAGGUUUAUCCAAAACCAUUAAAUGGCUGGUAUCGCAACGAGGGAAACCUAAAACUGCACAACAGCAACAAGUACAACAUAUCGGAGGGCAUGAUUAACAUGUACACUUGGCAUCUUAAUCUGACGAUACGUCAUAUCAUGAAGUCUGAUUUUGGCGCUUACAGCUGCUCCAGCGUAAACGCUUUAGGCAAAAGUGAGGCCCGCAUUCGUUUGCAAGAGCUACGUUUGCCGCCAAAACCGACGACUACACCGACGCCAUACGUACACACCACAGCAACACCACGCCGCAAACCUCCAUUAAAUAUGAAUAAAGAUCUCAAUGAGGUUGUGCGAGCUAAGGGGACACAUUUCAGCAGCAACACAUUAAAGGAAAAUGAAAUUUCUAAUGGCAUCGUAAGCAGCAGCAACAGUGGAAAUAGUAAUAGCAACAGUGGCCGCAGUAGCAGUAGUGCCAGUGGUAGUAAUGUUUAUAGUAGCAAUAGAGAAAGUAGCACAAACGGAGUUGGCGUUGGCGUCUCGGGACCAAAUAACAUCAAUGCGGCAAAUGGUUUGAUUAACGGAGCGGAAGUUCAUACGCAGUUGCCAGCAAGAAAUAGCUACGAGAAGACGCAUAAAACUCCACCGGUAGUGCCGUCACCGCGAUCUCCUUGGGUUAUCACCAAUGAAGCAGUUACGAAACUCGGUAGCCAACGUACAGUUAACGUCGGUACGAGUUUAGUUGUGGCAUUAUGUACAUUUUUCUACGGCUCACAAAUCUACGCAAUAUCUACACCGAACUAACCUUAAAGGAAAAUAAUCAAACUUGGAAAAAUAAUAGAGAAAGAAAUGUAAUGUAACGAUAAUAUUUAACUGUUGAAUAAUGUUUAUAUAUAUAUAUAUAUAUAUAU